AUGUCGGACGUUCACGUCAAAUUCAAUCUUGCCAAUGAUGGCGACUACCAGGAUGAGGAUAUCUUCUUGCCACCCGCUCCUCUCCUUGCCGGUGCCCACGUUUCCGGCCUUCAAUCCUAUCAUGAUCUUUAUCGCGAUUCUGUCAAUAACUCUGAUGAAUUCUGGAGAACUGUUGCCUCCGAGCUCCAUUUUGAGCAAAGCUCAUCGAAGGGUCUCGAAUGGAACUUCGAUGCCAAGAAGGGACCGAUUUUCUGCAAGUUUAUGGAUGGAGCCAAGACGAAUCUCUCAUACAACUGUCUGGAAAGAAACAUUAAGAAAGGGCUUGGAAAUAAAGUUGCCUACAUUUUCGAAGGAAAUGAGCCCUCUGAUAACUCGAGAAUCACCUAUCAAGAGCUUCUCGACAAGGUGAUCUGCUUCUCCGCUGUCCUUCGAUCCCACGGCGUCAAACGCGGCGAUGUCGUCGCCCUCUACCUACCAAUGGUGCCCGAACUCGCCGUUGCAAUGCUCGCGUGUGCCCGAAUCGGUGCCCAACACUCUGUCGUGUUCGCCGGAUUCUCGGCGGAAUCACUUAGCGCCCGAAUUGUCGAUGCCCGGUGCCGAGUGAUCGUGACCGCCGACGGAGUAUUCCGCGGAUCCAAACCAAUCAACCUUAAAUCGAUCGCCGAUUCCGCUGUCAAGCUUGCCGCUGCUGAUGGUGUCGAAGUUUCCACUGUCAUCAUGGUUGAGCACCUGAAACGGGUGACAAUCCCUGAAGGAGCUGAAGUGCCCAAGAUUUCCAUCAACGAGAUUGAUGUGAUCUAUGAGAAGGAAAUGACGCGCUGCCAUGGAAUCGAAUCGCCGGUUGAAUGGAUGGACGCAGAAUCGCCGCUUUUCCUUCUAUAUACAUCCGGUUCGACUGGAAAACCGAAAGGAAUUCAACACACCACUGCCGGUUAUAUGGUAUACGCGUUCGCGACGACGAAAUACACAUUCGACGCGCAGCCUGAUGAUGUGUAUUGGUGCACAGCUGAUUGUGGGUGGAUCACUGGACAUACCUAUUUGCUCUAUGGACCACUCCUCAAUGGUCUCCAGGGAAUCUGGUUCGAAGGUGUGCCGACGUAUCCAACGGCAGCACGCAUGUGGGAAGUCACCGACAAGUACCACGUUACAAAGCUUUACACUUCGCCGACAGCGGCGCGCGCUUUGAUGGCUUUAGGUGAUGAUUGGCUCAAGAGCACAUCGCGCGAAUCUCUCAAGGUUAUUGGAACCGUUGGAGAGCCGAUCAACCCGGCUGCUUGGCUUUGGCUUUACAAGAAGGUUGGACAUUCGAACGUCGCCAUUGUUGAUACUUACUGGCAAACGGAGACUGGUGGACAUAUGAUUACCUGCCUGCCAGGAGCCACCCCGAUGAAGCCUGGAGCUGCUUCGUUCCCAUUCUUUGGAGUGUCGCCAGUUCUUCUUGAUUCUGAAGGUCGCAUAAUUGAAGGACCUGGAGAGGGCAACUUGUGCUUCGACCGCGCAUGGCCAGGAAUGAUGAGAGGCAUUUUCGGCGAUGAGCAGCGAUUUGUCAAAACCUAUUUUGCGCCGUUCAAUGGCUAUUAUUUCACUGGAGAUGGCGCCAGACGCGACGAGGACGGUUAUUUGUGGAUUACUGGACGUGUUGAUGAUCUCAUGAAUGUCAGCGGACAUCUUCUCUCGACGGCCGAGAUUGAGAGUGCCCUUGUGGCGCAUCCAAAGGUGGCCGAAGCUGCUGUUGUUGCCGCGCCGCAUGACAUCAAGGGAUCAUUCCCGUAUGCAUUCGUCACCUUGAAUGUUGGCGAGAAACUCGACGCCACCCUUGUCGCCGAACUCAAGAAGAUGGUUCGUGAGAAGAUUGGAGCGCUCGCUGUUCCAGACGCCAUCCAAGAAGCCCCGGGAUUGCCAAAAACGCGUUCCGGCAAAGUGACUCGCCGCAUUUUGCGCAAAAUUGCCGAAGGAACUGAGAACGGAAUCGGCGACACGACGACGCUUGUCGAUGAAUCUGUCAUCAAGCAACUAAUCUCGGGAAGAUCCGGAAGAGCUUAA